AUGAACAUAUCAACACCUGAAACGCCCGAGUCAACGGGUAAAAGAAAGCCCCGAACAUGUCCACACUGCAAGCGUCAUUUUCGUCGCCACGAACACCUCCAACGGCAUAUUCGGAUACAUACAAAUGAAAAGCCAUACAAAUGUACCUGCGGAGCUUCAUUCGGCAGGCGGGAUCUACUGAAACGCCAUGAGGACAUUGGCCACUCUCCAACUCCUCCAACGCAGCAAGUAUCGCCUAUGACUGGCCAUAGCAAUCAGAACCUUCAGUCACCACUGAAUAAUGUCUCCACUGGCAAUUCAGACACAUCAUUCUGGGGGGUGCCUGAUCUCCAAGGGGUUGCUAUGCCCACUCCGAUUGAUUCGGAGGGACAAUUUCCAAGUUAUCAAUUUGAAGGUUCACCUCCCCUUGCUAUUAUAUGUGGAGCCUGA